AUGAGGACAACCAAUGUCAGACAUGUGGUGACCGAUUUAGUGGGUGAUUGGGGUCUAUGGCAGCUAAAUAUUGUUAUGUUUUCAAUCAGUAUAUCCCUGUUUUCAGCACUGAACAACCUGUCCGUAUCGUUUUAUGCGCCCAAUAUUAAGUACUGGUGCACCGAUAAUGAUACUACUACUACAACUACCAGUGCUAGCAAUCAGACAUUUAAAUCAACUGAUUAUUAUUGUCUGAAUGGUUGUCAUAACUGGACGUUUGAUAAAUCAGUGUUUAAAUCGACAAUCAUUGAUGAGUGGGACCUAACCUGCGAUAAACAUGGAUUGGCAUCGCUAUCUCAAUCACUAUAUAUGGUUGGCUAUGUAUUGGGAGCCUUAAUAUUUGGCUGUCUAUCAGAUCGUUUCGGUAGACAACCGAUACUAUGGUUAACAGUUAUACUAGAAAUAAUGGCCGGCCUAUCCAGUGCACUGGCCGUCAAUAUUAUACAGUUUAUUAUAUCGCGUAUGAUAUUGGCAUUUGCAUCAAACGGCCGAUUGUUGACCACAUUUAUGUUAGUUAACGAAUGUGUGGGCACUAAAUACAGGGCCACAUUUGGUAUGGCUGUCCAAAUUGGUUGGGCACUCGGCUACUGUCUACUACCAGGUAUUAGCUAUAUGUUGCCAAACUUUAGGCACCUGUUGUUAGCUACGUCUAUACCUGAGACCAUAUGGUUGGUUUGGUUGAUAGUCAUACCCGAAUCGCCCCGUUGGCUGUUAGCCAAUGGACAGUUAGGACGGGCUGAGCGGGAAAUAAAACGGGCGCUUAGAUUGAAUAAAUUGUCUGACAAUUGUCUAGAUAGUCAACCAUCAAUUGAAUUGUCCAAAAUUGAUGUAACCAACAGUGAUGAUGAUAAUAGUGAUGAGAUAACCAUAAAAUCAAAUAAUGAUAAUAAUAAUAAUAGACAUAAACCCCGAUUUUACGAUAUAUUUAUGCUACCAAACCUCCGUAGGACAACCCUAAUCAUGUACUUCACAUGGUUUGUCAACUCGUUUGUCUAUUACGGCAUAUCAUUAAACAUCGGCGACUUCGGUGGCAAUUUGUUUAUCAAUUUUUUCGUUGCCGGUCUGAUUGAAUUUCCCAGUUAUCUGUUUCCGUUGAUGGCUUUCCCCUAUAUUGGACGUCGACCCCUGACCUCAGGACUUAUGUAUCUGAGCGGACUGUCGUGUUUGGCUGUCAUACCUCUACUAACAGUGCCGAGUGUCUGGCCCCGACUAACCGUGGCCUUGAUUGGCAAAUUUUUUAUAACCAGUUCCUACGGUGUUAUCUAUGUCUAUGCGGCGGAAGUCUAUCCGACUGUUGUCCGACAAGUGGGUGUCGGUUCGUGUUCAGUGGCCGCCCGUUUCGGCUCUAUAUUAGCCCCGUUUGUCAAAGAGCUGAAUAUCUAUACCGGUAUGAGUGUCGUAAUGUCCAUUUUCGGUGGUCUGUCCAUUGCCGACGGUGUGUCAGCACAUUUUCUACCCGAAACUCGUGGCCAACAAAUUGCCGAUACUAUUGAUGAAGCGGAACAACUCAAUAGGAGGCGCACAAUAAAUAUAAAACAAACAAACAAUGGUGCCUACAAUUUACAUGUAACUAAUUUGAUAGAAAAAACAUAG